CCCCCCGCGCUGACGAUGCCGGUGGCCACGGUGACGCCGGUGCUGGCCGUGACCUCCACGCCCACGGCCGGCCGCGAGUACUCGCCCGCGGCCACCACGUCCGAGAACGGCGGCGGCAAGAGGAAGCAGAAGGAGAAGGAGCUGGACGAGCUCAAGAAGGAGGUGAACCUGGAUGACCACAAACUGUCCCUGGAUGAGCUGGGCAGGAAGUACCAAGUGGACCUGUCCCGGGGCCUGACCAACGCCCGCGCUGCCGAGAUCCUGGUCCAGGACGGCCCCAACGCUCUGACGCCGCCGCCCACCACCCCCGAGUGGGUGAAGUUCUGCCGGCAGCUCUUCGGGGGCUUCUCCAUCCUGCUCUGGAUCGGCGCCAUCCUCUGCUUCCUGGCCUACGGCAUCCAGGCCGCCAUGGAGGACGAGCCCGCCAACGACAACCUGUACCUGGGGGUGGUCCUGGCCGCCGUCGUCAUCGUCACCGGCUGCUUCUCCUACUACCAAGAGGCCAAGAGCUCCAAGAUCAUGGACUCCUUCAAGAACAUGGUGCCCCAGCAAGCGCUGGUGAUCCGAGAGGGCGAGAAGAUCCAGAUCAACGCCGAGAACGUCGUGGUGGGAGACCUGGUGGAGGUGAAGGGCGGCGACAGGGUGCCCGCGGACAUGAGGAUCAUCUCCUCCCAUGGAUGCAAGGUGGAUAACUCCUCCCUGACGGGCGAGUCGGAGCCCCAGACGCGCUCCCCGGAGUUCACGCACGAGAACCCGCUGGAGACGCGCAACAUCUGCUUCUUCUCCACCAACUGCGUCGAAGGGACCGCGCGUGGCAUCGUCAUCUCCACGGGCGACCGCACGGUCAUGGGCCGCAUCGCCUCGCUGGCCUCGGGGCUGGAGGUGGGCCGGACGCCCAUCGCCAUGGAGAUCGAGCACUUCAUCCGCCUCAUCACCGGCGUCGCCGUCUUCCUCGGCCUCUCCUUCUUCAUCCUCUCGCUCAUCCUCGGCUACACCUGGCUCGAGGCCGUCAUCUUCCUCAUCGGCAUCAUCGUGGCCAACGUGCCCGAGGGGCUGCUGGCCACCGUCACCGUGUGCCUGACCCUCACUGCCAAGCGCAUGGCCAGGAAGAACUGCCUGGUGAAGAACCUGGAGGCCGUGGAGACCCUCGGCUCCACCUCCACCAUCUGCUCGGACAAGACGGGGACGCUGACCCAGAACCGCAUGACCGUGGCCCACAUGUGGUUCGACAACCAGAUCCAUGAGGCCGACACCACCGAGGACCAGUCAGGUGCCACCUUCGACAAGCGCUCUCCCACGUGGGCGGCCCUGGCACGCAUCGCGGGGCUCUGCAACCGCGCCGUGUUCAAGCCGGGCCAGGAGAACGUCUCCAUCUCCAAGCGGGACACGGCUGGGGACGCGUCCGAGUCGGCGCUGCUCAAGUGCAUCCAGCUGUCGUGCGGCUCCGUCAAGAGGAUGCGGGACAGGAACCCCAAAGUGACCGAGAUCCCCUUCAACUCCACCAACAAGUACCAGCUGUCCAUCCACGAGCGCGAGGAGGACCCCCAGGGGUACCUGCUGGUGAUGAAGGGAGCCCCCGAGCGCAUCCUGGACCGCUGCUCCCGCAUCCUCCUGCAGGGCCAGGAGCAGCCCCUGGACCAGGAGAUGAGAGAGGCCUUCCAGAACGCCUACCUGGAGCUGGGGGGGCUCGGGGAGAGGGUCCUGGGGUUCUGUCACCUGUACCUGCCCCCGGACAAGUUCCCCCGCGGGUUCCGCUUCGACGCGGACGAGGUGAAUUUCCCCACCACCGACCUUUGCUUCGUGGGGCUCAUGUCCAUGAUCGACCCCCCCCGCGCCGCCGUGCCCGACGCCGUGGGCAAGUGCCGGAGCGCCGGCAUCAAGGUGAUCAUGGUAACCGGGGACCACCCGAUCACGGCCAAGGCCAUCGCCAAGGGCGUGGGGAUCAUCUCUGAGGGCAACGAGACCGUGGAGGACAUCGCAGCACGACUGAACAUACCUGUGAGCCAGGUGAACCCCAGGGAGGCCAAGGCGUGCGUGGUGCACGGCUCGGACCUGAAGGACAUGAGCUCGGAGCAGCUGGACGAGAUCCUGCGCAACCACACCGAGAUCGUGUUCGCCCGCACGUCCCCCCAGCAGAAGCUGAUCAUCGUCGAGGGCUGCCAGCGACAGGUGACAGCCCCCCGGCCCUGUGUCACCUGUGUCACCUGGGCCACCGCUGGCACCUCAUCACAAUGUCCCCAAUGUCCCCAAUAACGCUGAUGCCCACGA